CAGCAAUUUCUGUGAUCGGCGCAUAAACGCAGUGGCACCGCUGCUCAGAGCCAGUAGCAGCUGGAGGCUUCUAGAAGCAACGUGCACCGGGACAGUCACCGGGAAGCAGACCUAGCUACAUACAACGUUUCACGUUAAAGCCCGAGUUGUGUUUUACUUGGCUUAAUGGCGAAGUGGGGAGAAGGUGACCCUCGCUGGAUUGUAGAGGAGAGAGCUGACGCGACUAAUGUCAACAACUGGCACUGGACUGAAAGAGAUGCAACAAACUGGUCGUCAGACAAAUUAAAAUCCCUGCUCCUUGGCUUGAGCGUGGAGAAUGAAGAAGGGAAGUGUGAGGUGACAGAAGUCAGCAAGAUGGAAGGAGAGGCCUCCAUUAACAACCGCAAAGGGAAACUUAUUUUCUUUUAUGAGUGGAACCUGAAAGCCACUUGGACUGGAACAUCCAAAUCUGGAGUCAAAUAUAGCGGAUCGAUAGAAGUUCCGAACCUGUCGGAUGAGAACACCAUGGAUGAUCUGGACAUUUCUAUAUCGCUGAACAAAGAUGAACCUGACACGCCACUGACAAAGCUGAUGAAAACAAAAGGAGCAGUGAAGAUUCGCGAGGCAUUGGGGAGCUACGUCGACUUCUUAAAAACAGAGUUCACACAAGGAAUGAUCCUGCCGACCGCUAACGGUGUGGCCAAGUCCCAGUCCACGUCACAGUCAAAAGCCAGCCAGGAAAAAACUUUGAUUUCCUCCUCAAGCAGCACAGUUGCUCCGGUCAAUACCAGCAACACAGGAGUCAAGAUCCCCACCUGUAAAUUCAGCCUCAGAGAAACCUUCCUCACCUCACCGGCCGAGCUCUAUAGAGUUUUCCUCAACCAGGAGAUGGUUCAGGCCUUCACACAUGGUGCAGCCACAGUGGAUGGAGAGCGAGGAGGAAAGUUUCGUCUGUUAGAAGGGAAUGUUUUUGGUGAAUUCACAGACCUGGUUCCUGAUGAGAAAAUAGUCAUGAAGUGGCGGUAUAACAACUGGCCGUGUGAGCACUACGCCACAAUCACGUUGAACUUCUUGGACCGUAGCAGUGAGACGGAGCUGGAGGUGGCGUGUCGAGGUGUCCCGAACAGUGAGGAGGAGCAGACGAAGGAAGGCUGGAAGAGAUACUACUUCGAAGCUAUCAAACAGACUUUUGGCUACGGAGCGCGGCUCUUCUAAAGACGCUCUGCUGUAGCACUGUGUCCUUUUGUUGUGCUCUUUUAAAUUUCAUGUCCUUCGGCCUCUCUGGCUCAAGACGUCCCACUGUAAACUCAAUGCGAGAGGUGAAGAGAGGCCAGUCUGACACCCGUCUGUGUAGGUGAUAACAUUUUGACUUCUUCAUAUUUAAAUUACUUUUUUUUUUUUCCCCCUUCAGUAUUUGGGUCAGACAUAAGCAGAUGGUGCCUGUAGUGUGGGGAAAAGCAAAGGAGAACCACAAAAUCAAAUUGGCCUCACUUCUAUAAAUAUGUAAUUAUUGCGAGAGUAAAAAUAAAUGUUGUUACUCUUUUUAUUUGAAACGUUACUUUUGGAUAUGAAUGUGUAUUUUUUACUCAUUUUACUCUUUUGAGGUGUAACUGUAGUGAAGACGCUUUCAGCCAGGAUGCAUGUUUUGUUUCUAGCUGUCAGAUGGAGGAAUGACUAUUCGAUCUGAGCUCUAUUUGUGAAGUCUGUCAUUUAUUGCUAAGCAGCACACUUUCAUUCAGACUUGCUCUCAUUCGCAUCAUGAGCCCAGUGUUUGUCUGAGCGAUCAGACCAGCCCAGACCUUUGACACUCAUUCAAAAAGUUUGAAUCCCUUACGCAGGUAGCUAGCAGAGCAACGGAGGAGACACUUUGCAAUAUUUGGCUUCAAAGGUGUACAUUUACAGUAAAAAGCUUUCAGAACAUCUAUUUAUUCCUAAUUUCAUCCAUUCACAAUGUAAAUUAGUUUCUUGGAAUAAACAGAUUCCUGUAUGCUCUUGA